CUUCUUCAGAGUUCAGGGGGCGUUAGUGCAUGAGAGAGACUAGUUUUCAUUGGAUUAUCUCCAUUACAUUUACACACACAGUACCACACAGUACUCGCUUUGUUCCCGCUGGUAUCUAUAUGUUGGGUUUUAUAGGGUUUGAGGUUAGGAGAGACAGUUUCGAACAUUUUAAUGUACGAUUUUCUCGUUAGAUAAACAACAGAUAACAAAUAUCUAUGAUUGGUGUAUACUUCAAAAUCUACUAAUUACAUCUAUUUUUUAAAGUUUGAUUCAAUUGUUAGUAUUUAUUGAAUACAACAGCCACUAUUCUGUUGAUAAUUUUCAAGAAUUAUGGCAGCCGGUCCAAUUGCGGAGCGUAACCAAGAUGCAACAAUAUACGUUGGAGGUUUGGAUGAUAAAGUCACGGAAUCCCUUAUGUGGGAAUUAUUUGUUCAAUCAGGACCUGUUGUUAAUGUGCACAUGCCAAAAGAUAGAGUAACCCAAAUGCACCAAGGAUACGGUUUUGUUGAAUUUAUGGGAGAAGAGGAUGCAGAUUAUGCUAUUAAAAUCAUGAAUAUGAUCAAACUUUAUGGCAAACCUAUUCGCGUAAACAAGGCUAGUGCACAUCAAAAGAACUUGGACGUUGGAGCAAAUAUAUUUAUAGGAAAUCUUGAUCCAGAAGUAGAUGAAAAAUUGUUGUACGAUACGUUCAGUGCAUUUGGCGUGAUUUUGCAAACACCAAAAAUAAUGAGGGAUCCCGAGACAGGUAACUCGAAAGGCUUCGCUUUCAUUAAUUUUGCUUCUUUCGAUGCCUCGGAUGCCAGCAUCGAGGCGAUGAACGGUCAAUAUCUAUGCAAUCGGCCGAUCUCUGUGUCUUAUGCUUUCAAACGCGACGCUAAGGGCGAGAGACACGGCAGUGCCGCCGAAAGACUUUUGGCCGCGCAAAAUCCUCUGAGUCAAGCGGACAGACCGCAUCAGUUAUUCGCGGACGCGCCACCUCUGGCGCCGCCACCGAUGCCAAAUUCAAACGCGAAUGCCCAUCAACCCGCCCAUCAUCCUCAGCAUCAUGUGAUGCAUCACGGAAUGGUCGUGCCACCGCCGCCGCCGCCGUCAACUCCUGGACCGCCGAUGGGUCAUCCGCCUCCACCGCCCGUUCCACCACCACCGUCCGGUGGAUUCCCACCGGCGAACAUCCCUCCGCCUCCUCUUCCCCCGAUGUCUAUGGCGGCGCAUCCUCCUCUACCACCAGGUAUGCCACCGCCGUUACCGCCUAUGCCCGUGCCGACUUCUCAGGCGCAGUCAGCUGCCUCCAGGAUGAUGGCACCACCACCGCCACAUUGGGCCGUAGGAGCACCGCCGCAGGGACAAUUUCCACCGCCUCCGCCGCCAUCUGCUGGCGGUGGUCCCCCACAAUUCGGGCAGUAUCAGCCCGCGCCGCCGAGACCACCUCCAGCUUGGCGACAUCCGCCACCGCCACCCGUUUCGCAAGGUGGCCCACCGCCACCACCGCCACCUCAAUUCCGACCACCUUUCCCACCAAGAGGACCGCCACCGCCGCCGCCGCCCCACGAUGGCAAUCAAUAUUAAUAUUAAUAUUUGUCACUUAUAUUUAUGUGUUGUGGACAAUGAGAAACAGAUACAAUUUUAUUUUACAAUUAUCAACAAAUAUAUUAUUAUCAAUCAAGAGAUAUACGGAGAGAUAUUCGUAGAAAAAUCAUCUUUUUCAGUAAAAAAACUGAUUUCUUCAUUGUUCCUGAAUAAACUUGUUCAUAUUGUA